AUGCACAUCUUGAGAAAGUCUUGCGCACAACGCAAGGAGUACAAUGCUUCUGCUUGGCUACUUCUUAGCACAACGACGUUGGAAGUUAGUGUGCCUGCAAAGAGAAACCACUGUGAGAUUUACAACGCCUGUACUGCGGAGAGUGAAGCGUCUUAAUGGAGUCUGAUCUACUCGGCUUCGCAUACCUUCAUGCAGAUAAAGCCAUUUCUCGGUCGAAGCCCAACACAAUUUUCGUUUCCUGGGGACUGAAGUUUGGGCUGUGAUGUUGUUGGCAUUUUAGCCAAGAAAAUUAAACAAGAUGAGAUGCUUGGCUGAAAACGUGCGUCGUUCAAAAACGUCUUUGCUUAAGCUCCCUAUUAUUUGCCUAAUACGACGGUUCUCUUCCCCUGUACACUAAUCUGAAAGAUACCACUCGAGCCCAUACCAUCAUAAUCGUCGAUUCUAUGUUUCAAAGAUUAAUUUAUAAAUUGAUUAACAUAUAUUAAUCAAGUUCGCAGGAUUUGCUGAUUAUUUUUCCUCAGUGCUUGCGCUAGUCUUAGUUUCAUUAAAGCUAUUUAUUCCUCUUUUUAAUUUCCCUUCUAGAUGUUAACGAGUGUUUUCGGGGAGUUUGUGGACAGGAUAAGUGUGUCAAUGCACCUGGUUCUUAUUACUGCUUAUGCCGACGUGGAUUUCACAAAGUUAAUGGCAAGUGCCAAGGUAUGUUUUACCCGGACUCUAAGGACCUCUUUGGUAUUUUAUGCAUGGGAGUGCUCUUAUACAAGGAAGACUUACGAGGUUGAUAGGCGUAUGUCCUUUUCUGUGGUGAGGAGAAACGAUCAAACCCUAGACAUAACCCCGCUGCUCAGCGGCUCCUCAAUUGCCCCUCAACUUCACUUAAAUAGUUCUAUGGCCUGGAGUUAUCAUGCUACGUUGGAGUUAUUAUGUUUAUUAGAGGUUGGUGGAGUCGUUGUAGGAUGAAGGUAGGUUUUGGGUGCAACUUGUAUGAGAAACUUCCUUGAUUUGAAUAAGCCAAUCAGAAACCAGGAUGUUUACUGAGAACAAUUAUAAAAUUCCACACCUUUCCUUUUCGGGCUUACGCCAGCAAGUUUUUCACUAUAAAUAUGAGUCGCAAGUAUACUCAUGUCCCAGAUAUCUCCCCAAGGGGAAAAAAGCAAAGUUGUUGAUUUGUCGCUUUCUGACAGCUCCCAGUUCAGUUUACAUAUAUUUUCCUUUUCGACAGACGUUGAUGAAUGCGCUAACAGCAAUGGUUUUUGCGAACAAACUCGGUCUUCAUGUGAAAACAAGCCGGGCAGUUACAGUUGCCUUUGCAAACAGGGUUUUCUCUUGGACGGUAACGGAAGAACAUGUUCAGGUAAAAGACUGAUGAUAUCCGUCAAGCACCUGCUCUAACCAACCACUUGAAAGCAAAACGUGUAGUGUGUAAAUUACCAGGGCCUAUUCCUUUUCUAAUUCCAGGGUAAUUUGUAAGCCACCCCGGUCCGUUGUUGUAGUUAAAAGAUACUUCUAAUGAAUUUCGCGGCUAUCCAAUGGUCAUUUCGUCAUGACGUUGCACAUGAUCAGCCAAGGCUGUCUCCUGGAAAUGUGUUUUUUUCCGAAGUUUCGAGUGAUCUAAAGGUCGAUCAUUGCAUUUCAUCAUAAUCAUCAUACACUUUAUUACGACUCCUCUAUACGAGGCUAUUCUGUCGUAAUAUACAAGAAUAACAAUGAUACAAUGAUAAAAUUACAAUAGGGAAAAAAUAUUUACAUCUGUUACAACAAGAAAUAUUUAUAUGAGUUUAUAUACAGUCAUAAAAAUUUGAUUCAAUCUAAGAAGCGUUUGCAAGAAAGUGGACGGCGAGUUUCCUUUUAAAACUUGAGAUAUUGUUUAAGUUCCGAAUGUUUUCUGGGAGUAGGUUGUAUUCUUUUGCCCCACGAAAGGCGAAACAGCGUUGACCAGUUGAUAAUCUGCAUUUAGGUAGAUUUAACUGUGACAUGUUUCUAGUGCUGCGUCCUAACACACUAAAUCUAUCAUCUAUCUAUUCUGUAGGUAAUAGGCCUUUUGCAAUGGUUGGUCACGAGAUCAACUUUCGGUAAACACAGAAACAGUUUGCUUUUGAAAAAUUUUUGUUAGCACGAGCUGAAAGAGCAUAUUAAAAUUAGGUAACCUGUAAAUUUUCAGCCUUAUAUCUCAAAAGGAUUUGUAUCGAAAACCAUUCAAGCGUGACUGGGUGGCAAAAGUUGUUUUUCUCAUACAAAUCCUCUAAUUUUCGGCGGCCGUUGCAAUCGCUACUUUUGAGAUAUACAGCUGAAAAUUUGCAGGUUACCUAAUUUUAAUAUGCUCUUUCAGCUUCUCCUAACAAAAUUUUUCAAAAGCGAAAUGUUUUCGUGUUUACCGAAAGUUGAUCACUUGAUCAAGUAUUGCAAAAGGCCUAUUGCCUAAGAUCAAUGGUAUGCUCAUGCAGACAUGUUCUACUCGUUCGCAAUUUGAAGUCUGUUGGAUCUUAGGAGAAACACACAAUGGCUGCUCUCCAUUCCCCCAAAAUUAAACUGCGAUAUCGUAAAGAUGGUAAACCACCGUUUAUACACCCCGCACUAAUAAGUCCUCUCAGUUAUAGGCCCAUCUACCUGAAAAUAAAAAGAUACAUACGAUUAUAAGCGCCCUUCUAGAUUGUAUUGAAAUGAAUUCGGUUUAUUAUCAAGUUUUGGAACAUGGUUAAAAAAACUAAUAUAUAGAUUUAGCCACAGCUAAAAGCGAAGCUCCCAUUGAUAAAUUUAUAACUUAAAGCAAAUCGUUAACUUAAGGUCUCGGUAAAUGAAAAUUUUAGUACAUUGCUCGAUUUUGUUUUUUUUGGAUUUUUGGCAUGAGUGGGUCCUAAAUUUUAAUUUGGCAGAAAAAGGAAAUCAGAAAGUGCUUUUUAACCCUUCUAAAAUGAGCCUUUUCUGAGCUAACCAGCCAAGCGUGGACUUCGCGCUAAAUCUUUAGAGCUGAUUUUCUCUCACUCUAUUUUAGACGCAAAAAUCAAAAUUCUCCGACCUCCAGUCGGGACAGGUUUUAAGCUAUCGCUUUGAAACUUUCAGAUAUGAUGGAUAAUGAUAUAGACUCAAAAAGGGUGUGAGGAAUUUUCCGAUUUCCCUUUGUAACUCAUUUUAUGUCAGUUUCUUUGCGUAAAUCGCGCUCGAGAUUCGACUUUUUAGUUUGAAAUGCAAUAAUUCCGCUAACACGAGACAUCUGCAAAUUUCCUCACACACUUUUUUAGGUCUUUUAUCUGUCAAUCAGAUGCAAUAAAAAGGAAGUGAAUAUUUAACAACGCGAAAGGGCUGGAGCUUCAGCAGUAAACUCGAUACCUCUGAGUUCGAGAACAAAAAACUUAAAUACCUUUUGAAAUUCGAUGAAAUAAAAUCUUUUAUAAGGUAAUUUAGUCUUUUAGCUUUAAUUUGAUAUGUAACUUGCCUUUGUAGCGAAAAUACUCGCGCGACUAGAAUUUUUUUCUGUGGGCACCUCGUUUUCCUUUACCGAGACCUUAAGGGCACAUUCAUGUGACUUGUGAGGGAAAAGCUAAGUGAUUUUGGAGUGAAACAAAUCUUGUAUCGAGUUGAUAUAGCCCUAUAUGUACACCCAAAAAAUAGUCUUCGGCCACAUUUAAGAGCAAUAAUGGCUCUUGAUCACAGUAGAUAAUUAAGGCGUGGAAAACAAAUUCUUGGAAAACAAAUCAGACCGAAUUUUUUCCUUCGACAAGUUUACAAAUUCUUGCAAACCAAUCUUUUAUUAUUUUUUACAGACCACAUCUGAGGAGAAAGAGUACUAUGAGGCGCGGUUUUAA